AUGACUGACCAAUCUCAAGCUAUAGGAUUGACUGACGCACUGGGUGAUUUUGACGCCCCGUUGUUGGAUGCUGCGUUUGACUUUAGUUUGGAUACGGAUUUGCCACCCAUACUUGAGCCUUAUGGCGAUGGUACUUUGGCCGUGAGCCCUCUUUCGCUAUCACAGCAACCGAAUAGUAGCUAUCAAAUGUGCGUGCCGACGAAAUCGCAUACAGACACGACACAACAAAUAAUCAGCAGUAUAGGAAAGAAUGGCAUUGACGAAAACGUAGCGCCCUCUGCCGGCUUGAAACGACCAAGAACGAGGGGAUCUUCGUGGCUAGAACAGGAGAAAAAUAUUUUUUUUGCGAUGUUUAAAGUUAAGUGGCUACCCGCAUUCGAAGGCAAGUCAAUGCCUUCGUUAUGUACACUCCUAUUGCAGCGUUUUGAUGCUAUUAGUACUAAGAUUCGGACCAAGAGUGUGAUGGAGGUGCGUAAUUUCUACACGUCAGUAAUGCAAAAUGUCAUGAAGCUGUUGAAGAAUGUCGAGCACGACAUUGAUCUAUCAAAUCCGGAUCAAGUUCGCAUCGCUGUCUGGUGCUGGGGCAAAUUGAUGACCGACAAGACGAACGUAAAAGAAUUCGAGUCACAUGGCUCAGAAUCUUCAACAGAGAAGACAAACUUAGCCAAUCUACUUCUUCAGUCGAUUAUUCGUAGUCGCCGCCAGAUGCUGAAGGCAAAGUCUGAAUCAAAAUAUACGCCUGCAACUGGUUCAACUUCAAUCUCUGCGUGGGUGGCAAGAUCGAACCUCAGUCUUUCUUUUGCCAGGUCAAGCAUUUUCAAUCAGGAAUUACAGGUUCAUCACCCUAUGGUGCGUAAGAAAUCGAAGCAAAAAUUAGAUUCCCUCGCAGUGACCGAAAAUGGAAAAGAGGUAUUGUCGGUUGUCCAACAGUUCGGCCGCGAUUUACCAGAAAAAAAAGUCACUUUGAAGCGUAAGCGCACCGCAGUUGGCGAAUGUUUCUCUUUUGCAAAAAAAACCUGCUGUGUUUCAAGCCCUCUUUUCAAGAAGGAUUUGAGUCAAUCUCGCAAGGAGAAAGGUGUUGCAUUUCGUACAACACAGCUGCCCCGAAAGAAAUUUUACAUCAAAAUGCGAAUGAUCCCGCGAGACAAGCAAACGAAGGCAGACGUGAUGUUUUGUGGUGGCCGGCCGAAGGUGGAGCUUAAGCUAUCAUCAACGAAAAAAAUUUCACAGAUUACAGCACAUAUGAGCAAUAAGUGGGCGAAAGUUCAGUCGUUGGUACCUAAGGGGUCCGUUUUGUGUUUCUACAAGAAAAACGGGCUUGAAAAGUGGUCAAUGGACGACUCAAAUGUGACGUGCUUUGACGUCUGGAAGCUCUGCGGCAAGCAAAGUAACGGUGAAAAUGUAGUUGAGGUGUCUUACAUGUGGCAACUUCCCUCAACGAAAUGUGAAGAUGAUAAAAAUCAGCGAUUGAUGCCGCUUCAAGCGCCACCUGGAUUAUUUGAUAAAUUGCCACCUCCGGCCAACACAGACUUUAAUAGCGUUAUUGAAAGGAGGAUCGCAAAAUUGUCAACCGCCUGCGGUCUAGAGGAACAAAGCGAGCAAGUUGUGUUUGAUCCAAGUAUUCCUGAACAAAAUGAGAAGGAAGAAGCAGCGCUCGAGGCAAUGAUAAGUGAUUGCGCUGACAAAGAUAAUAGGAAAAAUUACAGCCCUAUCACAGGAUGUCUGCGUCGGCGUAUUAAGCCAGAAUUAGUCUUAAAGGAAGAGUUCAAUAUCUAA